CUGGAUCCAGUGGUCAAGUUUAAAAGAAAGUUCUAUCUUGCUAUAAAAUGAAAACGUAACCUUGGUCAUGUCCCGCUAUACCGCCAAAUAAGAAGCAUCUGUGUCUUCAACACGGCAAUGAUGCAGUCCCUCCGGAAAGCCGCCCUCGCGUUCCUCGCGUCGGCCACUCUGCUCCCCUCGUCUGCCAAUGGACAAGAGCUGGCCGACCAAGUCUUUGCUGCCAUCGACGCCAAGAACGACGGCCUGAGAACAAUCAACACCGAGAUCUGGGAAAACCCGGAGAUCGGGUACCAGGAAGUCCACGCGCACAAGGUCCUCACAGACUACCUCGAGGAGCAGGGAUUCAACGUCACCCGCAGUGCCUACAACCUGACCACCGCAUUCCGGGCCGAGUUCUCUAACGGCCCAGGACGCGCCGUGUCGUUCAACUCCGAGUUCGACGCCCUCCCGGGCCUGGGACACGCCUGCGGACACAACCUCAUCGCCACCGUCGGUGUUGCGGCCGCCAUUGGUGUGAAGGAGGCACUUGAGAACGGCAACGUGAAAGGCUCGGUGGUUCUUCUGGGUACCCCCGCAGAGGAAGGCGGUGGUGGCAAGGUCAAGAUGCUUGAAGCUGGCGCGUACGAUGGCCUCGACUGUAGCUUGAUGGCUCACCCAGGCAACAACAACUACGCUGCUUGGGGCAGGACUCUGGCCUCUUGGCGAGGCAAUGUCUCUUGGACCGGAGUUGCCGCCCACGCUGCCGCAGCCCCUUGGGCCGGCCAGAAUGCACUGGACGGCUUCGUUGCUGCGUAUCAGAUGGCCGGUCUUUUUCGCCAACAGCUUCAGCCCUCUGACAGGAUUCACCACGUCGUCACCAAAGGAUGGUCCGUGGCAAACAUCAUCCCCGACUACAUUGAAAGUCAAUGGGGCGUGCGAGGCAACACCAGGCCCCGACGCGAUGUUGUCCUCAGCCAGGUUGAAUCCAUCCUGUACGCGUCCGGCAACGGCACGAACACGACGGUGGAGAUCUCCGCCUUCCAGGACUACUGGGACCAGAACCCGAGCUUCCAACUGGCGAGCACUUUUUACGAACACCAGAUGAAGUAUCUCAACCCGGCCGAUGACCCGGAGACGGCCAACUUCACCGUGUCUUCUCCCGAGGAGUCGCGACGGGAUGGGGGAGCUUCUGCGUCGUCUGAUCAGGGCAACGUGUCGUGGUUCCUCCCGGCUAUCCAGGUCGGCUUCCCUGUCGGUGGAACUGCUCCGGUGCACAACGCGGGUUUCCGGGAACUCGCCGGAACUGACUUUGCCCAUGAAUCAGCCAUCCAGACUGCCAAGAUUCUAGCAUUGACCGGUCUCGAAGUCUUGCAGAAUGAGACGUAUGCGGAGACCAUGUGGGAGGAGUGGAGAGCCAUGAUCGAAGAGGUUUCCAUUGCUGUAUGAGGAGUGGCAACUAUGUCACUGGCCUUAUAUACCUCAAGUUCUAUCUCGAGACUCGCGCAGACACAUUAGUCCUCGAAGAAGGCACUAAAAGCGGACUGGGGUACAAGAAAAUCUCGGCACAUUACGAAAUCAAUAUCAAAAGACAGCUGUCCGUCUUGCCAGAUCCAGAGAAACCCGUCGUACCAAGAUUAUGACAAGGCACCGCGAGGAGACUGGCCCAAUUCUCUGCCCAAGUUUGGGGUUUGACACAUGGAAAUGACCCCUGACUGAUGCGCAGAAUCUUUGCCCAAGGCGAAAUUGAUAGCAGGAUGGAUGUUGGCAACGUCACUGGCCAAGACAGUUGAGGAGGACGUAGGUUCAAGACUCAAUCGCCCCCGUUUCUGGCCGUUGCUUUUAUUUAAGUGCUAUGGGUAGGGUGUUUCUACCAGAUACUCGCAAUUCAAAUCUCGUACAAGUCAUUC